UGCCGUUCGGACAGCCUCGUAGGAGGCUUAUUUCUCAUGAUAGCUGUUCUUACUUUUACACGUGGUCUUAUUUACGCGCACUAUCUGCUGGCUUAUUAUUAUUUAUCGAGUGCUAUUCAUUCUCUCCAAUGAACAUUCGGUGUAGACGAUCCGUUGUGUCAUGUAGUUACCUUUUUCAUGUUUUUUGGAAGGUACAGCGCAACCUCAACGCUUGUGUAGACGUCCGAAAGUUGUACACAUAGACAAAUUGUAAUCACCGCAGUGCAAGAUUCCAAGUCGAGCGUCUGUUCGGAAAAUGCGGGACAAGGGGAAGCCGACGAGUUGUCGGAUGUUUGGCUGCCAAUGCUGAUGGACAUUCGCUACAGCAGGAACCUCAUGCCGCAGGCGUAGGGUAAUAAAAUUCAACCGUUGCGCGCGCGCGCGCGCGCUUCAGUUGCUCUUUAGCAGAGCAUUGUCGCUUUGGCUCGGGCGCGUACCUACGGAAGCCAAGCCCAAGCUACCCUCCUACGAGCAUACGUUGGACUUGUGAUCGCCGAACAGUAGCCGGCCGCUAGAGAGUUUGGUCGUCAUUCGCUGUAUCGGCAGGUCGUUGCCGAGCCGGCGACCGGUCAGUCGUCGCACCUCACUGCAAGCAGAUUUAUUCGCAGGGAAAUGGAAGACAGACGCCUCGUCGGUUCGCCCGAGGCGGCUACCCACGACUCGAUGAGCGAGAGUGCCGGCAUCGAAACCGUCGCAGCCUACAGAAUGACUGCGCCCAUCAACUUCAAUGGUGCGUACCCCCGUGGCUUCGCACAGCUGGCGCUUCAGUGGCGAGCCGCUGAUCGUAAUUCGACGCGCACAGGUCACGAGUCGGCAGUGUCGCCCUUGCUACCGCCAGCUCACCAGCAGGAGCAGCAGCAGCAGGCGGGCCAGGGCACGGUCGAGUGCAAGGCCGCGGCUGAGCCGGCGACGCAGAUGCAAGUCGUACGCAAGAGCAAGAGCAUAAACGAGCUGCUGGUACCGUUGAUGGGCGUGCGAACAAUGAGCCUGGAUCUGGCGCACGAGCGCAAGCAGAAGCUGCGCAGCCAUCAGCUGAUGCCGCUAAUGUUCGAGGUGCUGUGCGAGAUCAAGGAGCGCGCGAGGCUGUCGCAGGGGAACGUCCAGCAGGACGAGGCGCGCGACGAGCCGAACACGCAGCUCCUGCGGCUGGACAACAUGCUUACAGCCGAGGGUAUUUCGGAGGCGGACAAGUCCAGCACGGUGAAGCCGGUUACCACCGGCGGCCCCGUGGACAACGCGAUCGAGCACCAAGACUACCGCCAUAAGCUCGCUAUCAUCCGGCAGUUCCAUUGCCAGGAGAUGGACAAAUACCACCGAGACUGCAACAUGUUCACCGGCCAUGUGAUCACACUGCUUCGCGAACAAAGCGCCGCCCGUCCCAUCUCGAACAAGGAGGUCGACCAGACGGUGCAGGUCAUCACGCGCAAGCUCAACAGCAUCCAGAUCCAGCUCAAGCAGCAGACCUGCGAGAUGGUCAUGAGCUUGCGCAGUCGUUUCCUGGACGCGCGUCGCAAGCGCCGCAACUUCAGCAAGCAGGCCUCCGAGAUCCUUAACUCUUAUUUCUAUUCGCACCUCAGCAAUCCCUAUCCCAGCGAGGAGGCAAAGGAGGAGCUCGCGCGCCAGUGCGAAAUCACCAUCGCACAGGUAUCCAACUGGUUCGGUAAUAAGCGCAUCCGAUACAAGAAGAACAUCGGCAAGGCGCAGGAGGAAGCGAAUCUGUACGCGGCUAAGAAGGCCGCGGCCACCAUUGCCGCCGCUGGCUCGUCGCCUUCGCCGAUGGCCUACCACGCGGCCGUCGCUACCACCACCGGUACGCCGCCUUCGCCGAUGGCCUACCACGCGGCCGUCGCUACCCCGACCGCUACGCCGCCUUCGCCGAUGGGCUACCACGCCGUCGUCGCUACCACCACCGCUACGCCGCCUUCGCCGAUGGCCUACCACGCGGCUGUCGCUACCCCCACCGCUACGCCGCCCAUCGUGUCAACCACCCCGUCCUCCGUCGGGUCUCAAUCUCAAAAGGACGUAGCACCACCUCAGCAACUCGGACAAACUUAUCCCGGCUACCAGGUCUAUGUUGACCAGUAUAAUUACCCUAGCUCUCAGUAGCGGACGCGCCGAGCUUCAACUUUUUGUUCCUACGGACGACAAUGUUUAGCGCACACGUAAGAUCAGACGCAGCCAUGCAGUCGACCCUUGCACUUUUAUCAAGCCAAUAUUCGUUAUAAUAAUCUGACAGUUUGACGCAAUUGCCGUUUUAACUAACCGCUAGAAUUAAACUAGUUUGCAAAUAAUCGCGCGAUUAGUACAAGAAAGUGUACAAAGCUUAUGCCAAACUUGUGCAUAAUUUAAACGAAAUUUCUGCGUAUUCAUCGACUUUUUCUUAUACAAUUUAAAUAUUUGUUUUAUUGUUGUCAUUAUUUGUUUCAAAAAAGCUCUUCAUUAACAUUCCUACGCAAUAAUUCACUGUUCAUAUGAAGUUCUUCGCUAUUGAAUCAUUCCAGUUGCACUUGUAACUAUUUAGAUUUUUAAAAUGCGCAACCUAAUUAUUUUACUGAUCUAUCAACAAUCAACAUGUAUAACUUUCUGCAUUUGCAUCAUUAAUUAGUAUAUAUACUAAUAUUUGAUGUUUUCUCAUAUACUGACUGUAAUUUCAGCUGAUAGCGAGUUAUUAGCAUUAACGCUAUUUGUUCAUAUCUUAAUUAAUUAAAUCAAAUAAAUUAAUGAAGGUAAUGAAAUCGAUUAGAUUGGUAAAUCCAUGCAUAGAUAGUUGGUAGGCGGAAAAGUACUACACUGAUUUAGUAUAGUUGCUGAUAUUCGUUGAUAACACGUGAGCUGCCGAAACUAAUCAGUAAAUAUAAGAGAACAAAAUAUUAAUACAUACUAAUAAUCGGAAUGCAAGAAAUUACACGCGAAGAUUGUCAAUAGUCAGUAAAAUAAUUAUAAUUAGUAUUUAGAUAAAUUAAUAUUACAAGUAUCAAUUUUAAUAAAGUAGUUUUUCAAAAACAAAUAAUGAAAUAUUUUAACUUUAUUAUAAAAGAUCGAUGAGAACGUCUAAUUUUGUAUGAAAUUUGUACCUUUGUUUAAAGUGAGAUACAAUUACCUUCGAUUCUAUGGUUCGUUGUUAAUGUUUUUAUGUUAUAGCAAAGUUAUUUUUAGGCAAUAAUAAUAACUAUUUUUGGUAUUUUUAUUAUUGCACUUUUAUUACUUUUAAUAAUAUUUGUUAAAAGUUAUUACUUAUAGUGUGAAUUAUACUAUACUAUUCUAUUCUAACAAAAUACAUUUAACUAUGUAUUUUUACUAAUUGACGCUAUUAGAAUAUUUUGAAUAGUUAUUUAAAUAUGAUAAUGAUAUUCCAAUUAUCAAGUGAAUUUGAUAUUGUUCAUGCCAUAUUAUAAAUUUUUAUAUAAAUUGUUCCACAGUGCACCCACUAAAGCAAGAUAUAAAUAGUUCAAUUUGUAAAUACGUAAAAACUGUAUAGAUUUUCUAAUACUUCAGAAUUUAUCAACAAAAAUUCAAGUAGAAUCGAACUUUUGAUAGAUACAAUACGACAUGAAUAUAAAUACAAGUAAAUGGUAGAUGCCGUCAAAAAUUAAUUCAAUUUCUUUAUCAAAAUUCUGUAAUUAUACAAUGUAAUUUACAUAAUAUUAAUGUUACUAAUUACGUUAUAGGUGUAGAUAUUUAUAACUCUAAUUAAUAGUUAUUUGAUUGUGUAAUUAUUACAUCUUAUGAUAAUGGUACUUAAUGAUAAAAUUCAAAUUAUUGAAUCAAAUGAUUUUGGAUACGGGUCAAAAAUUGUGUCUUCAAUAUGAAAUGGUACAUGUUGCAACGAUUGAUUUAUUUAUAUGAAAUUUUAUUUUUAUUUUUUGUAAAAUGAGUACCAUAAACGUACACAUGUUAACGAUGCGUUCAAUCUCGUUUCACUGACCGUAAAUAGUUAGGGCAUUAGUUUAUAUGUAGAGUAAUUUUUUUCAAGUUGGAAUUAUUUUACCAGAUGUGUGAUAUUUACGUAUGAGUGAGUCAAAAUAGUGGUUCAAUUUUUGGCACAUUACUUCAGAAGCCAAGAUUAAAAUGUUUUUAAAGUUUUAAAAUUUCCAUUUUUAUUUUAAAAAGUAAGCAUAUUUGUAUAUAUUACGUAGAAUAUUUUAGAGUUGUAUUGAAUGUAUCUUUUAUAGAGAUACAGUAAAGUCACUCAAUAAGUUCUAUUGCAAUUGAAUGUAUUAUAGGACUUACAUUAUAUAAAAUUAUUAUAAAUGUAUUGUAUUAUAUUAUAUGUUAUAUUGUAUUCUCAUUAAUCGUCGUGCAAUUCAAGUUCCGUCGCUCCAUCGGCCCAUAUGUAACAGUGAUUUGCCCAUAGAUCUUCCACUACAGUUUUCAGAGGAACAUCAAUAAAAUGAUCUGUCGUUUAUAACUUGUAAACAAUAUGCUAAAUUACGAGAUGUAAUUUUAUCGAAGGACCCUUGUACAUAGGUUCGAGUCAUAGAAGCAAUGGCGAAGCAUGCGCUUCUGAGCCUAUGUUUGAAAAUGAUGAGUUGCCGAUAUCUAAGGUUGUGAUUGAUUAAUGCACAAACGUAACACGAAUUUUUUUAUUGUAUUAUACUUUGAAACAUUUGUAUUAUACACCUGUAGAAGUAAAAUAUUAGUAAAAAUCGAUGGUCUAAUUUUCAUAUGUGAUAUCAAAAGUAAUAUUGUCUCAAAAUUUGGUUGAAAAAAAAGAAACUGAUUAGAAUAAUAUGUAGCAAAAAAUUUUUUAUUAAUUUUUGCAGUAUUUUUUAUUGUACGAGGUAUUAAACUUUGAAACUCGUUCAUGUGUGUUUUUAAUGAGACAUUGAAGAAACAAGUCAGUAUUAAAUACAUUACUAAUACUAAUAUAAGUUUGCGGGAGCAUAAUUAAUAACAUUAAGUGUACAUAUUAUCAUUCGUAGGUCUAAUGAAUCUUGACUAAUUUCCUAAUAUAUAUUGAAGUGAGUAAUUUAUAAGUGCAAAAUCAAUAUUUAUUUAUCGAUGAAUAACAAUGAUUGUAGUGUAUUUCAAAUUGCACGAUUUAUUCAUACGUAUAUACGAAUCUGAGAAAGAAUAUGUAAAAGGUAAAAUUAAUAUAUAAUAAAUAAUUAAAGAGAAAAACAAAAUAAAGGCCCCGCAAAGCGAUCUAAACGAUACUCGUGUCAUCAAUGCACAUUGACAUUACCGACUGAGAUAAGAAAGAGGUUUUCAAAUUUUUCUUAAACCAAUGAAUUAAUUACGUUGAAAUUUUUUGGGGAUAUUCAUUAUGUAUACAAAAAGUACGCUCAACUGUUAUUUUGAUGAUAAAAUUCCAUAGAACAAAAGAUAAAAAUAAAAAUUAUUUACAGUAAUUCAACUUUUCUGUCCUAAUUGCAUCUAUUUUUAUGAAAAUAAGAGUUGAGCACACUUUGUUUAUACACAACGAAUAUCUCCGAAAAGUUACAACGUAUUUAAUUAAUUUAUUUUAGAGAAAACCUAUUGCAAAUUUCUUUUUACUCAGUCGUUAAUUUUUUAGCCACAGAGCUUUAAAAAAUGUCACCGAUAUCUGCAACAUAAUUGUAAUUGAUUGUUAUGUUGAUAUGUAAAA